UCGAGAGCGACCGCCUGAUAUAAAAUGGUAAAGCUCUCGGCCCUCGGGGAUAAAUUAGUUUCUCCACCCUGGAGCUGGAGUAGCUGAAACCCUUGAGGCGCCGAAGGCCCCGCCGUCCACUCACAGACUCAUCAUCGGAGAUGAAUGUUGAGAGGCUCCAAAAGAUGGCCGGUGCCGUCCGCACUGGUGGAAAAGGAAGCAUGCGGAGGAAGAAGAAGGCUGUUCAUAAGACAACUACGACUGAUGAUAAGAAGCUUCAGAGCACACUGAAGAGGAUAGGUGUCAAUGCCAUUCCUGCAAUUGAAGAAGUCAACAUAUUUAAAGAUGAUUCUGUAAUACAGUUCCAGAACCCUAAAGUGCAAGCUUCCAUCGCAGCCAAUACUUGGGUUAUUAGUGGCUCUCCACAGACAAAGAAACUACAAGAUUUGCUACCAUCAAUUCUCAACCAGUUGGGACCUGAUAAUUUGGAAAACAUCAAGAAGCUUGCAGAGCAGUUCCAGAAACAUCCACCUGGUCGUAUUAGCGAAGCUGGUGGCGUUAUCCUGGAAGAAGACGAGGACGAGGACGUUCCUGAGCUUGUUGGAGAGACAUUUGAAGCAGCUAGUGAGAUCCAAACAGCAGCUGCUUAGAGAAUCCUAAAUUUAGGCUUUAUUUGGGAUGGCUUUCUUUCUGCUUCUUAAAAUAAUUUUUUAGUUAAAAAAAUAAAUUAUUUAUACUAAAAAGCUGCUUUAAUAAACAUUAAGAAAGCCGUCAUAAACUAAGCCUUAGAUUCUUGGCUUACUCUUCUCUCAUACUCAUCAACUGCUGCUGUUUGGCCAUAAGCAUGAACUGCAGCUUCCAUCCUUUUUCAAUUUUUGGUUUUAUGUUAUUUAUUUCUGAUAAUAUAUUUGCAGUUAAGAUUAUAUAAGAUAAUGUAGCAGCUUGAAAAAAAUUACUUUGAUUUUGCAUUUGUUUAUGUUGUAGUACUAUCUUUUAUUAUUA